UGGGCCAUGGGGGUGGCCGUGGAGUCCGUGCCCAGGAGGAGCUCGCUCGCCAGGGCCAUGAGGAAGAUCUGGGCCCUGCAGCUGGACUGGAACCACCAGUACUGGGCGCUCCACGUGCGCCCGGCCCUGCUGGCACUGGAGGAGGAUCCCAGGGUGAUCGACAUCCACCUGGACUACGAAGCGGGCAAAGUGACCUUCUGUGACGUGGGGAGGAAGGUGCAGAUCUUGCAGCUGAAGGCCUUCUUCACCGAGAGGGUCUUCCCCUACUUCUGGCUCCAGUCAGAAAAAACCUCCAUCCAGAUGUUGGGCUGA